CAGGCACUAUGUACAGCACAGGAAAGAUUCGUUUGUUUUGAACCAUGGGUGUCUGCAUGAGCAACACCAGCGGACUACUGGAGACGAAGAAGUCGGGACCUCACGCGCUAAAUCCCCGAGGAGAACACCCUGCUAUCGCCCGUACAAACGUCGGGGUCCCCUGUGUCAGCCUGUUGACUCAAGAGACCAUCCACUAUGUCUUCAAUCCGGACUUAGUGGACAAGGAGCAAUGUUGCUUUGGCUACAGCGAAGUACCCGAGACUGUCCGGAGGGGGCAUUGUCCGUCCAUGUUCGCAAACGGAGAAGAACAUCGUCGUAAGAAAGCCUUUUUGAUGGAUGUCUUGAAGGAAUGUAAGAAUAGAGUCCCAUCUCUUCUCCUCAAGACAAUCCUGGGGCACUUUGAGGAGUGGUCCCUGCUCAAGUCAGUUCCAGACUUUGAAGACAGAGUUUAUUAUAUCAUCAGUGAGGCCUUGACUGAGGCCGUGUUCGGGACGAAGCUUGACGGGCGUCUGGCUCUAACAUGGCUGAACGGAAUGAUCCAACUCAAAACGUGGAUUCCGAUGCCGGCCUACAAGAAAAAACACAACCUUGCCAUGGAAGCCCUCCCCAAGCUUCUCCAAAGUAUCGGGGAAUCGCCGAAGUACGAAGAGCUGACCCGUUUGUGCCGACAACAUAGUCUCCAGGCGGAGGACGGUAUGGUGACUCUCAUGUACGCCGUCUUGUUCAACGGGUGCGGGGCGGUGACAACCGCCAUAGUUACCUCCGUCGCCCGCUUGCAAACCAUCCUUGCGUUUGAGAAGAAGGAUCUCCAAACGACGACGCAGCAAGUAAUCAGCGAGUUCGGAAACAUGACGGAAGAAAGUCUUGGGGAGAUGAGAGAGCUGGAGAGCUUUCUGUUAGAGGUUCUGCGCAUGCACCCGCCAGUCUUCGACUUCUGGGCUGUGGCGAAAAAAGACUUCACGGUUUCGGCGGGGAAGGUUAAGGAGGAGGUUCGCCAGGGGGAGCAGCUGCUCGGUAGUUGUUUCUGGGCGCAGAGGGACGUCUCGGCGUUCCUCAACCCGGGGCUCUUCAGGUGUCGCCGCUUUCUGGACGAUGAAGAAAAGAAAAAUCAUCUUGUAUUUUCUCAUGGAAGAUUCUUGGAGGCAGCUAGCCUGGACAACCACCAGUGCCCUGGGAUGGGCAUUGCGUUCAUCCUGAUGAAAGCGACCCUAGCGGUUUUGCUGUGCUACUGCAGCUGGGACUUACAAGACAUGCCCGUCUGGUCAGACAUGACGAGUCGGCUGGGAAAACCGGACCAACUGGUCUGCUUUACAUGGUUCCACUUCCACUCAGCUGAGGCCAGACGUGCACUGGGACUGUAG